AACCAUACAACUGAGACAUUAGAUCGAUAUAAUGCACGGCAGAGAGCAUUUUAUGUCUAAUCUCUCCUUGUUGCUACAGUGGUCUCCAUAUUCAACAGAGGCUGAGCUACUGAAACAAUUUAAUGACAUUGUAGCUCAUGGGACAAAAGUUAUGAUUUAUAACUUAUGGUUCAACAAUGAUGGGAGUGCAGAGCUGGACUUCGAUACUGAUCCCGAGGUCAACAAUUUAUGUCACCCUAUUUUCUUCUUUUUGAAUGUUGUGAAAGUAAAAACACAGUACUUGGGAAAUCUGGGCCAUAAAUUUCAAGCACCUUAAGGAAAUCUGGACAAGGAACGAUGAAGAGGAAAGAACAUGAUGAUAUUCUGCCGGUUGAAAAUGUGAAAGGGGCCAAGGUGAUCAAUACUGGGAAAAGUCAGUCUGUACAGCUGGGGAAUCCUACUGGAAAUCAGCUGAAAGAUCAAGAGGCUAAAAAUCUGAUGCAAGAGAACAACAAGCUGCGAUCUAAAUGCUUGGAAUAUGAGAAGAGGGAGGAGGAGCUAAAUCUUAAGGUGGCACAGCUUAAGAAGGAAAUGAAAGACGUUGAUGAUGAAUACUCUCUAAUGUUGGCUGAAUCAGAAGCGUUGGGGGAUGUCAAGGAAGAAAAGGGUACAUAAAUCGAUCUAUGUAGUGUUGUACGUAUUGUAUCUCUAAUUCUUUCAUUUGUAAAACCUUGUUGUAUCAAAUGAGUGUAGCCUACAAUUUUCAUUCUUUAAGAUCGUAGGUCGAUGUAGGGAAAAAAGUGGCUUGUGUAUGGUGGAGAGAAGAAAGUAGAGGAAAAAGAGUGAUCAAAGUGAGGUAAAAUGGUGUAAAGUUGGGAAACAGCACUCAAAUCCGUAUCGGGUAUUAAAAAGUUUCUGUGGUUUUCGGUUGUUCAUCUUAAACCGACUUCAACUUUCUUUGGA